CGAGAUAAUGCCAUGUAAAGAGAUUAGAAAGUAUUGCACGUUGUGAUUGUUUUAUUUUUUAAAGAAAAAAAUGCAAAUGUUUUUGAUCGGACUACUUUGACUUUUGGCGUUCGACGUCCCUUCUUUCAAGUGUUUUAACUGUCUUGUUUAGCACGGGCCACUUUUCUACUAAUCAUAGUGUUUUUUUUUUUUUUUUUUUUUUUUUUAUAACUUUGCUUGUUUUUAAAUCGGGCGUGUUUUAUUUAGGGUGACAUUUUGAACUCCCCAAAUCCCCAGAAGGAAGAGAGCAUGGCCACUAUUCGAUUCGGGAGUAGCGUUGGUCCGUCCGGAGUCAACUCUGAAAAUCAACAGCAUGGCUGGACUGAAGAGAACGUUUAUAGUGAAUACACUGACGUCGGUGACCCCAACAGGAUUGUGCAGUGCCCUUAUGACAAAAACCACCAGAUCAGAGCCUCUCGCUUCCCUUUUCAUGUUCUCAAGUGCAGGAAGAACCACCCCAAACUGGCUAGUGAACUGAAGACUUGCCCCUUCAAUGCCAGACACUUGAUUCCCAAGCAUGAGUUGUUUCAUCACAUUGCAAACUGUGAAGACAAGAGGUCGCUGAAUGCUGAAGAUGGAAAUGUAGAGCUGCUGGAGAAGUUUCAGGUACCUGUUAACACCUGCACAAACCCUUCACCCUAUGAGGACUGGGAAACAGAGGCUGAUGAUAAUGCUGCUAUGUUUGUCUGGGGUGCAUCCAACAAUCAGCUUGCCCAAAACAAGCCAGAGCCAUCUACCACCAUCAGUUUAUCUGAUGGACUCAGGGCACCACGGACUCUUCCAUGGAAACUCUGAUUUCACCACUGGAUGGACUUCACCUACUGAUCUUACUUAUUUAAUACUUUAAGCCCUGUGUGAUUUCUAGCCUAACUUGUUUAAAGUCUACUUAUAUUUGAAAGUUUUACAUUUUUUUAAAGUAUUGUGAAAUUUCCCUUUUCCUAUUUUCUACAAGUUAAUACACUGUCUGUAAACUGUUAUGGUCCAUGUGUAGAGAUGCUCCUUAUUAAAGCAAAGAAUUGUCAUUUCAAAUGAGACUCCAUUCAGUGCCAAUCUUUCUGGACCCUUUGCUUUUUGUGGAAGUGGUUCUUUAAUCCUGACCUGUAUGAUUCAUUAAAGAUUUAAGUGCAAGCCUC